ACGAGUUCGCUUAUUUCGGUACGCAAUCAUGUAAUCGAAGUGCUUUUUUAUUCCAAUUUCUGAACCAAGUUAACGCCCAAUUUGAAUUUAUCGAUUAUAAGCUUUAUUCAACAUAAUUUGAGCUGCUUUAACAUGGCCGAGAGUCAGAAAAAUGGAGCACAGAAACCAAGUGGUAAAGUUUUGUUGGAAGAGAUGAGUCAUGAAGAUCUUGUGAAACAAUGCAAAAAGCAGUUGAUACUACUACAUAAAACGAAGAAUAAAUGUGAUGAGUUAACAAAAACAUGUAAAGACUUAGAAAAACAACGGGAUGACAUGCUAUAUAAACUCAGAGGAGAGAAUUCAGAGUCCACCUCUUAUGUUGAAUGCAGAACUCAGUUGGAAAAUUCUGAUCUUCAAUGUAAAGAAAGGAACCUUGUGGUAGAACAAGAGAUUAAGAAUGUGAAAGAAAAGCUUGUAGAAGCUGUAGAAGAGAAGCAUAAACUAGAGAGUAAGUUGUUAAAACUUCAGUCUGAGAAUGAAGUGGCAAAAAAGUUUUGUGCUAGUUCAGAGGAGCAAGUGGAAUGCCUGAAUAUGAAGCUUGACACAUUGACGGCAACAUGCCAGUGUUUACAGAAUGAAAUAGUUAAACUUCAAGAAGAAAAUCGAGAAUUAAGAGAGCAGGCCAGUUUGCUGAUUGAAGCUCGAGAUGCAGCUGUUAGCUCAUUGAAAACACUUCAUUGUAGUCAUAGUGAUGCUACAACUUCAACUCCUCAACUAAAUGAUCUUGAAGAUAUCAAAAAUUUGCAUUCAGAGAAAACUCACUUAGAGCAGAAGAACUCUGAGCUUUGCCAAAGAAAUAAUAAUUUACAACGUGAUUUUGAUGCUCUUAAUUGUGAAAAAGAGAAUUUAAAGGCUGAAAUUACUGCAUAUAAGCAAAGUUGGGAAAUUUCUCAAAUUGAAUGUGAAUCACUGAAACUAAAAUUAGAUGAAGUGCAAAAUGAAAAGGAAGAACUUGUAAUGGUUAAUAAUGAACUAUGUAGUGUAAAGGAGCUAAAUAACAACUUAGAGAAUCGUUUAGCAGAUUUAUUAAAAGAAAAAGAAACUAUGUCUUCUGAACUUGAUGAAAAAACUGCUAAAGUAAAUGAAUUGCAAGAACAACUUCAAAAUCUUUCAUCAAAACUAAGAGAUUCAACAAAAGCUUGUGAAGCUUUUGAAGAGGAAGCAAAAAAACAAAGACUAGAAAAUAUAAAUAUUUGCACUGAGUUAGAUUCCAUUAAAAAGUUUGAUAACAAUUUGAAUGCUAAUAUGAUGGAGUCUUUGAUGAAAAUCAAGGAUCUGGAGAGUGCAUUAUCUGCUGCUUUCCAAGAAAAACAUAACCUUGUGGAGGAGCUGACCCAUGUAAAAGACUUACAGAGAUUUGUUGAAGAUGAAGCUAAAGAGUUUGAACUGGAAUGUGAAAAAUUAAAAAUUGAAAUCAAGAGCUUGGAAGCCAAUCUGGAGAAUGACAGCUUGCACAUAAGCAAACUGGAAAAGGAGAUAGCAGCAGCAGAAAAGAGAGAGAAAGAAUCUCAGCUUUCUUUUGAAAAAGUUCAAAAACAGUUAGAAGAACUUGAGAAAAAUUUAGUGAAAGGACAAACAGAAUAUCAGGAAUAUGAAGUAAGGAAAACAUUGGAAAAAGAACUGGAAAAAAGCACUAAACUAGAAAAAGAAAAACUUGAGUUAGAUAAAGAAGUUGGUAUGCUUAGUCUUUAUAUUGAUGAGCUAAAAGGAGAGAAUAAUGAAUUAAAAUCCAAGUGCCUGCAUUUUCAAACAUUGUAUAAUGAAUCGCAGCAGGAAAGUAACCAUUGCACUCAGUGUGUUGCUUAUGAGAAACAAAUUGAAGAACUUUCACCUAACCUUUCUCAGCUACAAGAAACUUGUAAUGAGUAUGAAAAGAAUAAAAUUUUAAUAAAAAGUAGCUUAAAUAGUUUUUUUAUAGAUAUUUCAAAUUAUUUAAAUUAUGAACUACAAGGAAAUGAACAACCUUAUGAAUCAGAAAAGGAUACGUUUAAAAUGGAAUUAAGUAGAUUGGACUUUAUCAAAAAAGCAAUUCAGAUAAACUAUAAUAGAGCUGAAGAAUUCAAUAUUGAGAAAAAAGAGAUUCAGAAUCAGUUAAUUAUGCAAAAAGAAAGAUGUGACAUUUUACAUGAGGAGAAAAAUAACCUCAUUGAAGAAAAAGAAAAAUUAGAAAAUAAAUAUGAGGAUCUUUGUAGAAUUUGUGAUGAACUGAAAAAAAAGUUAAAUGUUAUGGAACGUGACAGUGAAUUAAAUGUCAAUGAAAUUAUAAAAGAAUCAACAUUACUUAGAGGUGACUCAAAAGUACAGGCAUCAGAAGCCAAGCAAGGUACUUUAGUACAACUUGAAGAAUACAGUAAAAUGGUGAAAGAUCUGGAAAUUGAACUCAGUGAAUCAAAACAAAAAGAAACCAGGGUAAAUCAGUUAUUGACAGAAAAGACAGACCUUUUACAUAAGAUAAACAAACAGUUAGAAGAAAAAGACCAAGAUCUGAUUUCGGCUGUAUAUAAAUUGAAAAUUUCUGAAGAAUGCAUAAAAAACACAGAUAAAGAGUUAAAAGAAUCUAAAGAGCAAUGUAGUGAACUGUUUAACAGAAACCAAAAUUUGACUAGUCAACUUGAAGAGCACCAGGAUUGUCUUCACUUUAGGGAAAAAAUAAAUGAUUUGACUAAGAACCUUCAAGAAUUAGAAAAUACAAACCAGCAUCUUCAAAUGCACAUUAGCAGCUUAAAUGAGAAUUUAGAGAAUAAAGUGAAAGAAAUAGAAUGUGUUUUACACGAAAAAGAAGAGUUGAGACAAGAGAAACUGAGUAGUCUUCAGCAAAUAGAAGAGUUGAAGGAAGAAAUUCAGCAAUUAACAAUUAAUUUGGUAGAAGUACAGCAGAGCCUAGAAAAGAUGAAUGUUGCAAAAUCAGAAUUAGAAGCCAAACUAAACAUGGUGAAAGUUACAACAGACAGAGAAGUACAGGUAGAAAUUUAUUUAGAAAACAGUGAAGAUAUUUAUAAGACUAAUAUUUCUUUAGAAAAAGAAAUUGAGAGCUUAAAGUUGAAGUUUGAGGCUCAAGUGGCAAAGAUGAAGUCUCUAGAAGAGGAAAAUGCAGAUUUGCAACAGCAUAGUUAUAAAUUGCAAGAUGCUUGCAACCAGGCUUGGGAGGAAGAAAAGACACAUUUAUACACGCAAUUACAGCAACAGAUAAAUAUUUCUGAUAAAUACAGUAAAGAGAAAAUGGAUAUGUUUCAGACUUUAGAAGAGCUAAAAGUUAAAGUAAUUCCACAGUUGGAAGAUGAGGUCAAAAAUUUAAAUAGCCAAUUGGAAAAAGUAAAAUGUGAUCUCACUGAAGUUGAGACAGAGAAAUGUAAGUUGCUAGAAGAACUUAAUUUAUUAAAAACUGCCCCUAAUUCCUCACAAAAGACUACAGGAAAUCAAAGCACAGAUACAUCUAUAGAACUAUGUCAACGUUUAAAGGAAACAGAAGAAAAGAUGGCAAAGUUUAAGGCUGUAGCUAUGAAGGUCAAGAAGGAACUAGAGGAAACUAAAAAAAGGUUGACUGGAGUUACUGAAGAGAGAGACAUGUUUCAAAAGAAAGUAGAAAGUUUGACAAGAGAGACUCAGGAGCUGUACGAAAAUUCUCGUCAAGCUGUUCUUAAUUUCCAGAGCUUGCAGGAAGAGUAUGAUAAAUUGCAAGAUGAACAUGAAGUAACAAAAAAGUCAUUAAAACAAGCUGAACAAGAUGUAACCUCCUCAGUUACAGAGCUGAACAAAGUUCGGGAGCAAGUAGAAAAUGUGAGACUUGAAAGAGAUCAAAUACAAAAAACUGCAGAUGCCCUCCAGGCACAGAAGAAGGUUUUGGAGCAAAGCAAGACAAACCUAGAGGAAAGAAUAGUUGUUUUAGAAGCAGAAAAAAAUUUAGAGCUGAAGAAACAUGAGACAACAAAGUGUGAUUUUAAAAAACAAGAAGAAAAAAUUGCCUCUUUGGGAAAAGAAUUGGAAACUCAGAAGGAACUUUGUAAAGUAAAAGUGGAAAAACUUGAAGAGGAGCUUAAGGAAGCCAAGAAAAAUGCUCACAGUUUACUUGAUUUAGAAAUGGCAGAUUAUGAACGAACUAUUUCAGAACUUAAUCAGCAGUUGAAACAAAUGUCUACAGAAAAAGAAGAAAUCAAUGAAGAGCUCGUUAGGCUGAAGGAGAAAAUUUCAGGACUUCAGGGAGAAAUUGAACAUCUUGAUAGUCAGCACCAGCUGGAAGAGGCAAGAGCAAAUAAUUUAAAAGAAACUCUGGAUAGGACUAAAUCUGAAUUGUCAGCGGCAAGGAACAAUGAAACUGACCUACUUCAUACUGAGGCUAAGUUAAAAAAUCAUCUAGAAUCAGCUUUACAAAAGAGUGAAGAGCUGAAAGUUCAGUUGUCAGAAAACAUGCUGGAGAACCAAAGGCUCUCAGACCUUUUAAAAGUUAGCAAGGAAAACCAUGUGAAAGUAGUGAGGUCUUUAGAGAAUAAGGUGUUGCUACUUCAGAAGGAUGUUAAAAUAGCCCAAGAAGAACUGGAAACUUCAAGGAAGGAGUUUGAAAGUUACAAAGUUCGUGUUCAUACUGUACUUAAACACCAGAAGCAGCAAGUUUCACCAAAUGAAAAUGCAAAGGAACAAGAUAUAAAAAGACUAGAAAAGACAGCAAACCAUCUUGGAGAGAAAGUUGAAGAAUUAAGCACACAACUAAAAUCUGUACAGUUGGAGUAUGAUGCACUUCAGAAAGAACAUGAUAGAUUGUUACAGCGACAUGGCAAAAUAGUGGAAGAAUUGCGGAACAAAAGUCAGUCAUGGACUCAGAGACAAGCAAAACUUGCAAAUGAACGAGAUGCACUACAAAAGGAGCGUGAUGAGCUAAGUUUUCAAUUGAGAUGUCAAAAUGAUGCUUUAGCAAGCUUGAGAGAACAAUUUAUGCUCACAGAGAAGGAGUUCAAAAUAGAAAUAGACACAUUACAAAAACAGCUAGAAAAUGCAGAUAGAGAAAUAUCUCGUCUUCAGAGAGAUCAACAGAAAUCCUCUUCUUCCAUGUGGUCCUCUCAAGAAGAGUCUUUUGAUAUCUCGUCUCAGGAGAGACAGGAAGGAGAGGGCUCAGAAUCCACAGAAACAGAAGCCAGUGGUGAUAUGAAGGCAAGCAUGAAAGCUUUGUCUCUAGCAACUAUACCAACAGGUGGAUUUACUCCUUUAGAACAACUGAUUUAUUCAAGAGAUGGAUCUGAGACUCCAACAGGUCUGAUAUUUCAGCAUGAUUCAGGAGCUUUUUCAUCUACAUCAAAUACUGCACAAAAGAAACUCGAACAUGUUACAGAGUUGUUAAAUGACAGUGAAGCUCAUAGUUUACGUCUGACAGAACAAGUUCGAGUGUUGAAGGAAGAAAUACGACGUUUAGAGAAGAAUCGUGAGAGGGAAGAACAUAUUGCCAAUAUGGAAUAUUUAAAAAAUGUCAUGAUUAAAUUCAUUUCUCUGGAGAUGGGAAGUGAGAAAGAAAGACUUGUGCCUGUUCUAACUACUAUUCUUAAAUUAAGUGCAGAGGAACAACAACAGUUGUAUAUGGUAGCCACAGGUGAGGCUGCAAUUAGCAAUUCCAAAAAAGGCUGGGGCAACUAUUUACAUAGAUGGUCUGGCAUGCUCUAGUCUGAGUAUAAAACAUUGUUUAAGCCAAGUUGCACUUCUGAUUAUCACCUGCCGUGAUGCCUCACAAAUGUGCUCUAGUAUAGUAAAAGACAAUUGUGUUUUCUUUGAAAAAGAGUCACAGAGUGACAAGCAUUUAUAUCAUUAUACAGGUUUUUCAUGUGGUUAAAAUCUGCAGUUUUCUUUUGCUGCCAUUUAAAGUGUUUAAUCUUUAUAUAUAAACUUUGAAAAAGAGCAUUGAUUAAGCUCCAGAAAUGAAAAUAUCUUCCUAGUCAUUAUUUGAUAUGGUUGUAGCAUGUUUUGAGGUUUGAUUGUUAUUUCAUCCACUGCAUUAUAUUGUGUUAGGACAAAUUUUUUUCAAGUAAUUUCAGACAUCAACUUUAAUAAAAACAUAUUUUUGAUGUGAUUGUUCAUUGCAAAGUACAAAUGUAAUUUCCAACUCAGUCAAAUCUUUCAACUUGUUUUGCAGUGUCUCACCCAGUUUCUUCUGAUGCAUUGUACACUAAUGAUCUUAAAGUCUCCAGAAUUCUGAAUAUUUUUAACCUGUAGAACAUUGUAAUUUUUAUUACCAAUAAUAACAUCUUCCAUAUAUAAAGACAGACUCUAAGGUUUUACCUACACAGAAGAAACCAUGAUUUAUCCAAUAUUCAUUAUUUGAGAUGUUCAAAAUAAAGCUUUGUGACUAGGCAAUACAUUUACUAUUUUCAUUAUGUUAGAAAAACAUGUAGGUUCAAGAAGUCUUGAUAGAAAUGAAUUAAAAACCCUAUAACUGAGCACUUUUGAAAGGUGAACUUUUCUUCUUCUGGAGCAAACUGUGUUCAAAUUGUGUUCCAAAAAUAUAACUAUGUAAUUCUUAAACAGCUGUAUUUCUUGUACAGCGAAAUUUACAUGUUUUAGAAUAAUUUGUCAUUUGGUGUAGGUAGGGCUGUUGGGAUUGAGUUUCAAGAUACAAUUUUCUGCUUUCCUUGUAGACACACAAAGAGUUGAAGUUAUUUUUGUGCUGAAACGGAAUCUUUUUAAAAAAUUAUCAGUGAGGUACAGAUGAUUUCAGUUUUAACAAAUAUUGAAAUUCUCUUGAAUUAUAUAGAUCAACAAAAGAAAACAAAACAUGAAAUAAUAUAACAGUUUGUAGUAAUGAAGUUUUUUAGGUAUGGAUUGUGUUAAGUAUUGUAUAGCAUAGUCCAAUCUUAUGUAACAUUCUAUUUCCACAAAGUUUAUAACAAUAGUAAUUAAAAAAUGGGCUUGUUAAAUUAAAAAAAAAUUAUAACAAAGUAAAACUGUAUGUGUGUAGGUAUAAAAAUAAAUUUGAGAUGAUACAGAAAAAAACUAUGGAAGUAAUAAGUGGAUGCAAAAAUGUAGGCAUAUUUGAAAUUUUCAAUUUAACUUUUUUGUUCAUUUAUCAGUUUUAAUUUGCAUUUCAUGCAAACAAAAAGGUUUUGAUACUAAGUGUUGUUAAUUGUGAAUCGUUUAUUUGGUUAUGCCAUUUUGAAGCUCAUUCUACAAUUUUGUAGUUGGAGGGUUUGAGUGACUUGCUAGUUAAUUUUGUUACAGUAAAAGAGGGAAGAUAAUAAAUCAAAACUUGCAGAAGAUAAUAGCAACAAUAUUCGGUAAUUAAGAACAUGCUUUGAGAACUAUUUUUAAAUACUUAGAAUAUAAUAACACAAUCUACAUAGUCAUGUGAGCACAGUUAUAUUUAGUGUUGAGACAACUACUGAUUUUUGGCUAGUCGGCAAGCUGCGCUUUAAAAGUUGACUUGUUUGACUAGUUGACAUAAAAUUGGUUUCUCACUAGUCAUCUAGU